AUGGCCGGGAAGAAUGACACUGUAGUGACCGAGUUCUUCCUCACUGCGUUCCUAGAGCAUCCCGAGUGGGGGCUCCCUCUCUUCCUGGUGUUUCUGAGUUUCUAUCUACUCACUCUGCUGGGGAACGCGGGAAUGGUCAUCCUGAUCCGCGUGGAUGGCCGGCUCCACACCCCGAUGUACUUCUUCCUUGGCCACCUUUCCUUCGUGGACAUCUGCUACUCGUCUGUCACGGUCCCCCAGAUGCUGGCUGUGCUGCUGGAGCACGGGACAGCUCUGUCCUACACACGCUGUGCCGCUCAGUUCUUCCUCUUCACCUUCUUCGCUUCCAUCGACUGCUACCUCCUGGCAAUCAUGGCCUAUGACCGCUACGUGGCCGUGUGCCGGCCCCUGCUUUAUGUCACUAUCAUGACCGAGAAGGCCCGCUGGGGCUUACUGGCUACAGCUUCCGUGGCUGGGUUCUCCAGUGCCUUCGUUCGAACGGUCACAGCCUUCACCCUCUCCUUCUGUGGAAGCAAUGAGAUCGACUUUAUUUUCUGCGAUCUCCCUCCUCUGUUAAAGCUGACCUGUGGGGACAGCUACACCCAGGAGGUGGUGAUUAUUGUGUUUGCCAUUUUUGUCAUGCCUCUUUGUGUGCUGGUGAUCUUGGUGUCUUACCUGUUUAUCAUCAUAGCCAUCAUGAGGAUCCGCUCCGCCGGGGGCCGGGCCAAGACCUUCUCCACGUGUGCCUCCCACCUCACGGCUGUGUCGCUCUUUUUCGGCACCCUCAUCUUCAUGUACCUCCGAGGCAACUCGGGCCAGUCUUCGGAGGAGGACCGAGUUGUGUCAGUGCUCUACACAGUGGUGACCCCCAUGCUGAACCCCUUCAUCUAUAGCCUGAGGAAUAAGGAGGUAAAGGAGGCGGUUAUAAAAGCCCUGAGCAGGUCAAAGGCUUCUGGAAAGCCCUAG